AAACCGGCCGGAAUGUCAUCUCUUCCCGGAAUUCAAUUCGCACCACCCGGCGCCGCACCACAGCCAGACGGGAUGGGUUCGAUACUGCCAGGAAUUGGGGCUCCCCAGCCCCCACCCCAGCCGGGGUUUUCCACUUCAAUGCCGCAAAUGGAUCCUGGGCGUCUAGCAGCUCUUUUGUCCAAUCAACCGCCCCCUCAGCCGAACAAUUUCCCUCCCACAACGGGACUGCCAGGGUUUCCCAUGCACCCUGCUAUGUCGGGGACACCUCCGGUGAACGUUGACCUGGCAGAACUGCAGAAGCAGCUUCUUUCUCAAGGAAUCUCGCUGCCCCAGAACUUUCCGCCGCCAAAUUUUCCUGGCAUGCCCGGGGGCCUUCCCGGCCUGCAAGGGAGCACUCAUAACUUGGUUGGUCUGGAUAAGAGGCAAAAUGGCAGGUCGCUAGACUUCUGGUGUGGCCUUGAUGGCUUUCAGCGGACAAUAUGUAUUAUAGUCGGUUUCGAUGAGGACCUGCGCUCUCGGCCAUAUUUUGUCGAUAAAGCCGUCCCUGCUAUCGACACAGCAGGUAAGGGAAAUGUUAUGUGA